AUGCCCAGGCCAGCCUCAACCCUCCAAAUCCUCACGCAAGCCACCGAUCUAGGCCCAGUUGACCACGCCGGCAUUUUCAAAUAUGCGUCCACAGGUCCAGUCAUCGACGAUCUCAGGACCGACGCCCUAGUCGGGACUUAUGAUCGCCGAAUGCGCAGCCCUUUGUGGAUAGCCGAGCACAUUACAGCCGAAUCGAUGGCGCAGUCCGUCGCAAAGCGGAAAGAAACAAUUUCUCCAAAGAUCGAGACAUCCCGGAAGACUCUCGCGCCAAGGUGGAUGACUACAAGCACACCGGCUAUGACAAGGGUCACCAGGCAACCAGCGGCGAACUGUUCAUGGUCGCCGAAGGCAAUGGACGAGACAUUCAAGAUGACCAACAUGUGCCCUCAAAUUGGCGAGGGAUACAACCGGCACUACUGGGCGAAAUUCGAGGACUUUUGCCGUAACCUUACGACCCGAGUACAUUAUGAGGUUAUUGGUAAGGGAGCUCCGAAUGUUGCUGUUCCCACUCUUUUUUUCAAGAUUAUCUAUGCCGAAGAUGAGAUUGAGGAUAGUUUGGGUCCGGUUGCUGUUGGUGCGUAUGUGCUGCCGAAUGCUGCCAUUCACAAGGAUACGUUGCUGUCGAGCUUUGAGGUGGAUAUUUCAAAUAUCGAGAAAGCGAGUGGACUUAAAUUUGCCAAGAGCUUCGAGAAUCGUAAGAAGCUUUGUGAGGAGAUAACCUGUGAUGUUCGUGUUAGAGACUUCCGAGAAGAUAUGAAAGCGAAGCUUUGA